CUCAUAUGUCACAAUUCGAAUGUUUCUUGCAGAUUAUCGCCAUCACAACGGCCCGCGAUGCAUGUAUAGAUGGAGACUUAUCUACUGCCGAAGGUCUACUCACGCAAGAUAUCAGCACCAAUGUGAACAGCCACACUUCCUACGCCCACCGCUCAUUUGUGUUGGCCCGACAAAACGACUGGGACAACGCCCUUCAGGAUGCAGGCAUUGCCCUCUGUGGAAAAGGCCGUAUCCCGGAUGCAAGGGCAGCAUUUGAUGUUGCAUCAAUGUACACUGACCAAGAUCCAAAAAUCCUCCACUUCCUGCUCUUGAUCAAGGUCAUUACCCUCUUCAAUGCAGAUCAAUAUCAUGAGGCAGAUUUACUCCUCAAUGAACUUACUACCGGUUGUCUGAAUGUUGAUAUUCUCGGGUGUUGUGUCGUGCAAGCAUAUCUGCGUGUUCGACUCGGAAUCAAAGCCUUGGAUGGCGCACGUCACGAAGAAGCCGCUGACCAUUUUACCGCCGUUCUCAACUCGAGUGCUCUCUCAUCGAAUUCACCCAUUCAUUUUAUCUAUGAGGACUUGGUGGUGCUCUUUGGCUGGGAUCUCAAAUCAUUGUGGCUCACUGCACACCAGAAACGUUGUCAUGCACUCUUCCGGGCAGGUAAACUCCAAGAUGCUGUCAAAUCAUACCGAUACAUGAUGGACAACAUCGAUGAAACAACGAAGGCCAGCUGCGUUGAAUGGUCCAACGCUUUCAAACAAGAAUGCAGCGCCCUCCUUCUUGUCGAUAGAGAUACUGCCCGCUUGAAUUCUGGAUCUGAUGCCGUCUUUGUAAAGCGCUGCAAGGCAAGGUUGGGACAAACGCUAUGGACGGAAGCACUUCUUGAUGCGCAAAAGGUCAUCCAACUGAACCCUUCAUCUCAUAUUGGAUACGAGUUGGAGCAUGCAGCGUUUCAUGGCGCACAACGUUAUGACGAAGCUAUUGCGGCCUUCAAAGCGAUGCUCUCGAAAUUAAGUAAUGCUCCUGACACUGAGACACGAAAGUUGCGCCAGCAGUAUCUCAACCCAUCCAAAGUGGACUGUGCUAUUCAAAAGGUCAUCAAUGCUCAACUUGACAAUGCUCCACUGCGUGUACUCGACACCGCCACCGGUCUCUUAUGCGAUCGAGAGACACAGAUACGCACCUUCAAAACGAGCAUAGAGUAUAAGGAGCUUGUAUCAUCAACAAUCAUGCAUCCAGAUAUACAAAUGAAGCGCAUCGAAGAAGUGGUGAUGACAUACUUCCAAUAUGCCAUGCUAUCGCACAGGUGGGAAGGCGAGGAGCCACUGCUGAAAGAUAUCCAGGGAAAGGUCGUCUAUAAGUUGAAUCCAAUUGGCGGCAUCAAGAAGUUGCAGUCUUUCUGCAAAACUGCUCGUGAUUUGGGGUAUCGCUGGGCAUGGAGUGACACGUGCUGUAUUGACAAGAACAUCGAUGUUGAGCUUCAAGCAUCGCUCAAGUCCAUGUUUGCCUGGUAUCACCACUCCGCGCUCACAGUCGUAUACCUUUCGGAUGUUCCGCUUUUGUCAAAGUCGCUGGCAACGAGCGCUUGGAACACCCGCGGAUGGACGGUGCAAGAAUUCCUCGCUCCCAAAGCCAUUCUCUUCUAUCAGAAUGAUUGGACUCCUUAUCUCGACGAUCGCACUCCCAAUCACAAGGAUUCCGUCGCGAUCAUGCAAGAGUUAGAGAAUGCGACGGGCAUAGAUCAACAAACCAUCGUGGCCUUCUGUCCCGGGAUGAGAGACGCCCGAGCGAAACUUCAGUGGGCGUCGACACGUACUACCACGCUGCAAGAAGACGUCGCAUACUCAUUAUUCGGCGUCUUUGGCGUCCGCCUGCAUGUUGAUUAUACCGAGAAGAAGCAGAACGCGCUUGGGCGGCUCCUGCAGGAAAUCAUAGCUCAGUCUGGCGAUAUUACUGCCCUGGACUGGGUCGGAAAGUCAUCAGAGUUCAACAGCUGUCUACCAGCCGACAUCACUUCAUACGAGGCUCCCUCAUCCAAGCUGUCAUCUCCAUCCGAAAAUGAGAUUCAGUCAUCGGUCUCUUUACUGCGAGGUGUUGUGGCUUUACAGUCGGCUUCACAACUAUAUCAGACGCUUGACUGCCUGAGCGCCCCCCGCUUCGCACACCGCCGGUUGCAUCUGCCCUGCAUUGUGUUCCCGGUCACAGAGGUCAGGCGGAGGCCACGCCGUGACCAGGAUACAUAUACGUAUGAAGUCAAGUCAGACGGGCUUCGCAACCUGCAGAUCACCACAGAGCACAAGUUUACCCCGUUCUCACCGGCAAGGCCGCCGCUCGCCUGGCAGACGAUCUUGCUCGUUCGUCCAUGGAGUCGACAUCUCCUCGAGCUGCACGACACUGCCGACAAUACAUCGAGCGUGGACAAUUGGACCGUGUCCGAGUUUUCGUUGCACGAUUCACCUGCUGCACAAAUUGGGGCGAUUUAUCCAGAUCCUGACUCGCGAGUAUUGCGGUUGAUUGUCAACCUUGGACAGCCGUUUAGUGCAUUUUUGCUAGCGCGACAGCGCGAUGGAGAAUUCAAGAGGAUUGCAUCCGAUUAUGAUAUCAUUGCACAAGUUAAAGACAUGACUUCUAUUAGCUACUUAAUGGACAUCAGAAUACUAGAGAUAGUGUAGCUGUAUGCAUCAAUCCUUUCCGCCGCCUCACACGUAUUCCUGGAGAGCGUUUAUUAUCACGCCACCUCCCUGUUUCUGAC